UUAAUAUCACCCUCAUAUAAAUUAACAACUAUAUUUCAUAGAGCAAGAAAUAAGUUAAUAUUAAUAUGAAUUUGAUAAAGGUUGGCCCUGCUGGAGGGAAAAAAGGAAUUGCUUGGGAUGAAAAGGGUAAAGGAGAAAUUGCCAAGAUUUUUAUUUCCUACGAUGAAAACGCAGUUUAUUCACUUCAAUUCUUGUUCUUUGAGAAUGGUAACUUUGUUUUGUCUAACACACAUGGCGCUGCACACCACUAUAACUUUACUAUGUAUAUUGUGUUAGAUCAUCCAUCAGAGUUUCUUACUUCGAUAAAAGGUUUCUACGAUCUUGAAUCAUUUUGUACGUCUAUAUAUUUGAGAUCAAUAACGUUUGGCACCAACAAGGGUACGUAUGGACCAUAUGGCAUGAAGACUUGUGUUAAUUACAAAGUAAAAGAGCUCAACCUUCAAAUAGGAGAUGAUGAUCGUACGUUUGGUGGAUUUCAUGGCACUAAAUAUGGUGAUAGUAUUGAGAGUAUUGGGGUCUAUGUGAAGGCCAUCACAUCCUCCAUGAUCACUCAAAAAAGGGUUAAAACGGAAUAAGGUUAAAUCAAAAUAUAUAGUUAUUAUCUUAUAACUAUGUAUUUAUUUGGACUAGUUAUACUUUACUACUCAUCUUUAGGUAUUUAAUUUUAUGCGUAUUUGACCAUCUUUCGUCUAUCAUUUAUCUUUGCUUAAAUUUAUUGAUUAGAGUUUGCUUGAAAAUUUAUAUUGUAAUUGGAUUUGAGUAUAAUUAGUUGAAGACUUGGAGUGGUAAAUGUUCAUUUA